GUGUUGUUGCUGCUACAGGAUCUUGUGUUGUUGCUGCCCCGACUUUGCAAAAGCUUCAGGAAACCGUGCAAGAUGCCGACUGCGGGACCAGGGCGAUGCUUCCGGGUUGCUCUUAUUACUGCAAUGAGUUUAAACCUCUUGCUCGCCCAGGAAGCUAAUUUGAACCACUCCCCUACUGAGCACAGCGCCGUCCGCUUGUUUACAGACGAGGAGUUGGCAAAAUACAAUGGAGGAGAGGACAAUCAGCCGAUCUACAUGGCAAUUAAGGGAGUGGUGUUUGAUGUCACGUUGGGAAAAGAAUUUUAUGGCAAAGAUGCCCCAUACAAUACACUGGCGGGGAGAGACUCGACACGUGCAAUAGCAAAGAUGUCUUUGGAAUCUAAAGACCUCACACAUGAUACUAAUGGACUAACUGAUGAUGAACUGAAGUCUUUAGAUGAUGUUUUCAACAGUUUGUACAAGACCAAGUAUCCUAUUGUUGGCUACACUGCACGUCGAAUUCUUAAUGAUGAUGGCAGCCCCAACAAAGAUUUUAAACCUGAAGAUCAGCCGCAUUUCAAUAUUAAAGAUGAGUUUUGACCUCUUUGUAUUAAAAGUUUUUGUAUUUAAAGUGUAGUAGCAACUGUUUGUACAUUACAGAUUUCUUUUGUACUGUACAUUUUUCUUUAAAAAAAAGUACAUUAUCCGUAACAAAUACCACUUUGAAAGUUAAAUUCAAUGGUUUUUGAACUUUGAUAUGAGAAAUUAAACAACCUGUUACGUGCUGAAUAAACAAGUAAAUAUUGAACGUCAUUUGCAAACUAGGAAGACUGUUUCUUAUCAAAAAUGCCAACUAUAUUGAGAUAUUAAAACCUCUGGUACAUU